GAGGAAAGUGAGUGGAGGAGGGAAGCAGGCAGUAUGUCCAACCAGAUGGUGACGCGUGGACCAAUUGAAUCAAUACAUUUCGUUCUAUCUUCUCAUGGUUAUGGAAACAUGCUUUAGCCAAAUAAUUGAACAAGAAGAAGAUGAUAAUGGAGGCCAUUGGGAUUGCACGUUUCUCUGCUUCAAACACACCACUUCUGAUCCGAUCCAUGGCUACUCAAAAACCAACUCCAUCCACAAACAAAACUGUCACUUCCAAAAAGCCAACAACUGUAUUUCCCCUAGGGGAAAAAGGCCCUCGGCCGAGCAAUUCAUCAUCUGCACCACCAGUGAAGUUAUUGACAAGAGUAGAGCAAUUGCGGCUUUUAACUAAAGCAGAGAAAGCUGGUUUACUAUCAGCUGCUGAGAAAUCUGGACUCUCUUUAUCGACAAUUGAGAGACUUGGUCUUCUUUCCAAAGCCGAAGAAUCGGGGAUUCUUUCAGCAGCUACUGACCCUUCAACACCAUCUGCACUCUUCAGUUUGAGCUUGGCAUUACUGGUUGUUGGCCCUGCUUGUGUGUAUCUGGUCCCUGAAGAUUACCCUUGGCAAAUUGCUUUGCAAGUUGUGGUUGCUUUGCUUUCUGUUGUUGGUGGCUCCGCUGCUUUUGGAGCCUCAAACCUUGUUUCCACUUUGCAGAGAAGUUAAAUUGAAAUGUAAGCUGCAAAAUACUUUCUUUGUGUUAGAAAAUUUCUCGUAUAGUAUGAAUGUUUAUUUCAUUCAGUCUUGAAUUUUUGUUGAUCCCUUGCAAUCUAAGAUAUGCAUUGUCCUGA